AUGCCGCUGUCUCCUUCGAAUUCUGCUCCGCUGAACAAUCCACCACCGGCACUCCGAUUACAUCAGAUUCAUUCGAAAAUGCCUUUUGGACACACAAACUAUGUGCCGGAAGAGGAGACACGAAAUCUCCGGGCAAAUUUCCCCGAACCGGAUAUAUUACAAACAUUCAAAGAAUUGGCUGGUGCAGAUCAAAAACGUGAGGAUACGGUGGACACAAGUGAACCACUCUUGUUGAGCAAAGAGGUCACCAUGGAGUAUUGUCAGGAUUUGUCAACUAAUUCCCUGUCACAUCCAGAUUAUCGAAAAUUAGCCUGGCACAAUACACAGGGGGACUAUGAGGAUUCUGUGGAUUUUAGCAAACGAACUAAAGUGAAAAAAGUGACCAGUCCAACCUCGUAUUAUUUGGGCGAGAAAAAAUCCUCCUCACCUUCGGAAAUUUCUACUCCACAACUGGAAUCACGAUAUCGAUUUGGGAAUGCAAUUCCGUUCUGUUUAAAUCCACAAGCGGCCUAUCUCAUUCAGCAUGCCACAAUUAUGGGUCAACGAAAACGAGUUGUUCGGGAGCUGGGAACCAGUGUGGUCUAUCUGAAUGAUCGAAACCAUUUCCGAACGUUAGAGCAUCAUUUGAAAGCACGCUGGGAACGUAGGGGUGAUUUGGAGCACAAAAUUCGCGCCAGUAUUGAAUAUCAGAAGUCCAGGAAUGCAACGCGGGAUGUGGUUAGAGAUCUGUUGCCAUCGAUUCAGAGAUAUACUACCGAAGAAAACAGAGGGUCUAAACAGAGUAAAAAGAGUGCCGAGAAAUUUCCCGAUUAUUUGCCAGAUGUUCAUCAGUCAGACCUUAAAUCACAGAAAUCGAAAGAGUAA